AUGGCGGUCAGUCAGUCGGUGGUUGGCCGUGCCAACGCGGAGAAGGCCCAUGGUCUGAUGGGUAUGCUGAAGAACCCGUAUGUCUUCCUGACCUGCUGCUUCGCCUCCCUUGGCUGUAUCAUGUACGGCUAUGACCAGGGAGUCAUGGGUCCUAUCUUGGUCAUGGAAAACUUCCAAAAUCACUUCCCCUACUUCGAAGGCUCGACCAUUCAAGGCUGGCUCGUGUCGGCCCUGGAGCUCGGUGCUUGGCUCGGUGCUCUGAUCAACGGUAUCCUGGCGGAUCGCAUUUCCAGAAAGUAUGCCAUGAUGGUUGCCGUCGUCAUCUUCACUCUCGGUACUGGUUUACAGGCGGGUGCGCAGAAUCCAGCCUACUUCUUCGCCGGGCGCAUCAUCGGUGGUGUGGGCAUUGGUAUGUUCAGUAUGGUCAUCCCGCUGUACCAGGCCGAGAUUGCUCCUCCUGAACUGCGUGGAUCGCUGGUCUCUUUGCAGCAGCUCUCCAUCACCAUCGGAACGGCGAUUUCCUUCUGGCUCGACUACGGUAUGCAGUAUGUGGGCGGGGUGCACUGCAACCCAGAAGGAAUUGACAACCCUUUCCUCAAGAGCGGAACCUACAAUGCCGCCCAGAACCACGGCCACACCUGUCUCGGUCAGAAGACGAUCGCCUGGCGUCUCCCGCUGGCCCUUCAGAUCAUCCCAGCCUGGAUCCUUUUCUUCGGCAUGUUCUGGUUCCCGUUCUCUCCUCGUUGGCUGAUGAUGAAGCACCGCGAUGAGGAAGCCCUCGCUACCCUUUCCAAGCUGCGCCGCCUGCCCGCCGCCGAUCCCCUCAUCCGAGCCGAGUUCCUCGAAAUCAAGGCGGCUGUCAUGUUUGAUGAAGAGACCGAGCGUGACCUCGUUGGUUCUGGCGGUGCCUUCGCCCCCUGGAAGGCCCUGUUUGCCCCGAACAUGCUGCGCCGUUUGCUGCUUGGUUGCGGUAUGAUGGUGUUCCAACAGUUCACUGGUAUCAACGCCGUGCUGUACUAUGCUCCUCAGAUUUUCUCCAGCUUCGGGUUCUCGUCUACCACCCAGACCCUUCUGGCUACUGGUGUGACUGGUAUCUUGCAGAUCAUCUUCACCCUGCCGUCUGUCCUGUUCUUGGAUAAAUUUGGACGCAAGACCUUCCUCAUUGUGGGAGCCAUUGGCAUGUUCUGUUGCCACGUGGUCGUCGCUACCGUGGAGGGUAUCUACAAGCCGCAGUGGGAUCUCAACGAAGGUCUGGCCAAGACGCAAGGAUGGGUUGCUAUCGCGUUCAUUUGGCUCUUUGCCGUGAACUUUGCUUACUCCUGGGUAUGUCCCGUUGCCUGGGUCUUGGCCCAAGAGAUCUUCCCCAACAGCCAGCGUUCGCGCGGUGUCGCCCUCGUCGCAUCCACCAACUGGCUCUUCAACUUCAUCAUUGGACUGACCACCAAGGACAUGCUCGACUCGAUGAAAUACGGAACCUACAUCUUCUUCGCCAUCUUCUCCGGUCUGGGUGGCCUUUUCAUUUGGUACUUCUCGCCCGAGACCAAGGACAAGACUCUGGAAGAGCUGGAUGUCUUCUUCGGCGGCUCUGAGGAGAGCAUUGCCGAGGCCGAUCGCCAGCGCAUGCAGCGCAUCAACGAGUCCCUAGGCCUUGCUGGUGUUGAGAAUGUCGAGGAUCUUAAGACGGCUGUCACUUCCGAGCAGGUUGAGUUUGAGUCUACUACGAAGGCCUAG